AUGGUAGUCUAUUUUGCUGUGAUUGGAAUACUUUUCGCUGGAUUGGAAGUCAUAGGAAGACCAUUCGCCCAUAACUUCAAUGGAUCGCUGAUAUUUUUCAGUUCUAGCAAGUUGGGAGUUCCUCACGAACUUCUAUUAUUAUCAAUCUCAAUUUGGGGUGGAUUUUAUUCUUUGAUUAUUGCUUUUAUCGCUGUCCAGUUUGUGUACCGUUAUUUAAGUCUAUUUGGAACAAAAUCAGCUAAAAAGUUUGAUGGUUAUGGAACAAUUGUAUGGGGUUUAUAUCCUAUUAUUCCGGGAGCUAUUUACACUUAUGCUUUUCACAUUUUCUGUAUUCCCAACGACUACACAGAUGGCUAUAUGAGAAAUGAAAUUCUUUCAACAUAUGAAUUUAAUAUCAGUGAAGUCCCAAGAUUCAUCAUGGUCCCAUAUGAUAGCGAUGGUCAUCUCAGAAUAGAAAGUUUGAAGAAUAUUUCAGUAGACUUAUUCCUUGUCUGCUCCCACUAUCUUAUCAUUAUAUAUUGCGGGCUGGGAAUGCACUUCAAUAUGAAGAAGGAGCUCGAAAAGUUCUCAGUGCCACAGCAAAAACUUCAACGACAGUUCUUCAAAGCAUUGGUUAUACAGAGUCUUGGUCCCACUAUUUUUCUGGUUCUGCCAGCUGCGCCGGUUCUGCUUACCCCGGUCGUAGCACCGCUACUGGGUAUGGAAGUACAUUGGAAGACUGGCUGGCUGUUUUCACUCAUCGGUCUAUUUCCCCCAUUUGAUAGCGUUGCAUUCAUGUUGAUUGUGACAGAAUACAAGAAGAUUAUUAAAACAAAGUUCCUAAAGAAGGUACCAGAUGUACCCAUAGAUCCAUCGACUACAGCAUUAACAACUCCGAUGGCUGUUGUUUGGCGUAUCCCAGGAUCCUUCGACUACUGCAUUUUCAUUGAGAAGUAA